UAUCAUUACAUUAUGGAAAAUAAUCAACUUUAUCACAAUAUGCUAAUUUUUUGAGAAGGACCUGUGUAUAUGCCGUUUUAUAUCUUUAUCUUUAUCUAGGUGACAGUAGAUGUUGUGACAGAGUUGUGUGAAAACAUGGAAAUCGUAGAGUUUACAGAGGUCAAGGAGUUUUCCCUCAUCGCCACAAGAUAUCAAGAUGGGAUGGUGCGCCCUCUACAUCCUGAGGACUACUUGUUUGAUUUCUUACUGGAUGAUGGUUCCAUCUCCUUGUCAUUCAGGAGAGUUCUCUGGGAAAAACCUCUUUCCUUCAGGAAUGAGCUCUUUGUGGACUUUCACUAUCAGCAGCUACUAGAGGAAUAUCUUCAUGGCAAGAUAAUCAUUCCUCACUAUGCUGGUGGAACCUCAUCAGUUCAACAGAUUGCAGAAUUGACAGCUCUGCAGCAUUUAGCUCAGGGUUUGAAGAGCCAGCUGUCACUGCCGGAGCUAAAGGAGUACUUGCCCUUACAAGACGGACUUGCCAGUAAAGCUGAGGAAAUCCAAUUGCUCUGCCAUGAUCAGUUAGCUGCCAUGCAGUCUCUCAGUCCUGAAGAUGCCAAAAUUCGGUUUAUUGAGUCUUUGAGGACCCUCCCUUUGUUUGGCUCCAAUACCUUCUUGGCAAAGAAGGUUAGCCAGCAUGGCUGUCCUUCCCCCUGCUUAAUCAGUGUGAACCAGGAAAGAGUUUGUUUCCUUCAUCCUAAAACUCAGGUUCUAGUGUUUCAGAUUGCCCUUGCACAAGUCCAGGCUAUGCGCACAAUCCGCCCGAAGAAAGCAGGCAAAGUUCCAGGAGUAGAGAUUCAGUAUGGCAAUGCUGUUAAACCCCAAAAAAUCCUGGUUCAUCUCCAGCAGGCUAAGGAAUUUUGCCAUAUCCUUGCUUUGACAGUGGAAAUGCUGAUUCAGUCAUCAGUUACUAGUUCAGAAUCAAAUUACCAGUAAAUACCAAGUUCCGAUUGCUGACUUGCAUUAGCAGCUGUUUUUUUUGUUGUAAAUUAUUUUUGAGUAAUUCAUUGUACAAUGUUUUCAGUGCACAAACAAGCUGAAAAGAAACACAGCAUUACAGACGAUGAAUUAAAAGCUAACAAAUAAAUCAAACCAAUAACAGAGAACACCAUAGAUUAUCUAAAGAGACAUAGCUGCAAAUUAUUGCUUAAAAUAAUCAAAGCUUGAUAUCAGUCAUGAAUUCCUAUUCUUUAACUCAUUGCUGUAAUAUUACAGCUGGUUAUUGAUGAUUUUAAGUUGUGUGCUGCUGUCAUUUAGUGUUAGGAAAUUAUUGUCAAAUGUUAAAGAAUAUUAUUCUCUAAUUGUUUUGGCAUUGAUCUUUGUUCCAUUUGGAAGGUGUUGGUAUACUACUGUGUCUUGAUUGUGAUUUUCACUCUGAGAUUAACAAAGUAUGUUCAUUCAUUCAUUCAUUCAUUCAUUCAAAUGUUGGUUUCAGUCUGCAAAAUGUAUCAUUUUUGGUGGCUUCAAUUAAGUAACUUUACUGAUUUGUACUGACUUUAGUCACUUCUUCUUAGUACUAUGUUGAGUACUCUAAGAAAUGAAAUUAAUUCUGAUGUUGCUUGCUUUAUGUCACUGUUUUAUUUAUGUUCAAAUUACUAUGUAAAAUUUUUAUGCUGAACAUAAGCAGGUUUUAUUGUACUUGCAUAACAACAAGAUAUGUUGAAACAACUCAAGCUAAGUGAGUUAAUCAAAAGUAAAUCAUGUCAUUCUAAAUCUAAUAGUUAUUUAUGCAAUGAAUAUUGUCCCUAGUUGCUUUCUGUAUUGCAUCUUCAUGCCAAUUGGGUGUCAAGAAAAGUACCAGAAAUAAUAAAAGUAAUAACACAAAAUCUUUGCUUGUGACAUUUUAUAGUUCUUGUCUCUAUGCUGCUGUGAAAAGUGUCAUGUGCAACUAAGCUAGGUUUGCCCAGUUGGUACAAUGAUGCAAUACAGAAAGCAAGUAUUGCAUAAUAUGAACAUUAUUUGCAUAAAUACAUUUUAGAUUUAGAAUGACAAAUUUACGUUUGAUAAACUUGCUUACCUAGAGUUUUUUUUAGCAUAUCUUGUUAUGUAAAUACAAUGAAAUUCACUUAAGUUCAGUAUAAAACAUAAUUUUAAAUAGUAAUUUAAACAAAAAAACAGUUACAUAAAACAAGCAUCAUCAUAAUUUUAUUUCACAGAGUAUGGUGUGAAGUUUUUAAUAAAAAAAAUGCUUGAUUUUGUAAUCUAUUUAAAUUAAGUAAUUGCAAAAAGUUAAGUGUUUGAAAGUAGUGAGGGUUUUGGACUGUACAUGUUCAGGACAUCCCCAUACAUUAGUCCAUUUCUGCUCAAGCAAACCUGCAAACUGAAGGGAAAGGUUUGAACAUUUGUACAACUGAUUUCUGUGUUGAAAAAUAAAAUUUGCUCUAUUUUAA